AUGCCACCGGGUUAUAUUGACAAAAACGUGUUGAAUUCUGAACCGUAUUCGUGUUACAUGGAUGUUGAAGAGGAUCAAAUUGUAUUAAAGAACAACGUAAUGAUAUACUCUGAAAACGUAUUAAUAUUAAAUGAUGGUAAACCAGUGGAAGUUAGGUUAAACGAAGGAGAGGAAUGUAAGUUUGUAGUUUCUAGUCAUAUUAAGUUGGAUAAUUGUGCAAAAUUUCUAUGUUUAUGCAAACUUCCAUAUGGAAUAGUUCGCGGAGUAACAGAGCAAUACCGUGAGAAUGAGAGCGCAAAUGGGUGUGUGAUAAUCGGAACGCCGGGCACUGGUAAAACACACUUCUCAUUAUAUUUCGCUUUUUAUAUAAUGCGUCGGUACCAAGAAAUAGAUAUCAUAUUUGAACAAUUAUGCAAAGGCACUAAUGAAGAUUCAAUGGCACCUACUGAUGUUGAAACCAAAUUCACAAUUUUAUUAACAAUGCCAAGAAAUGACCGAGUGCAUGAAUUCGAGAAGAAAGGUGGUGUUUUUAAAUAUUAUUCAUCUUUAUGGGUAGAAAAGGAAAUCUUGGAUGUAUGGAAGUUGAACCACAAUAAUAUACCUGAAGAACGAGUUAAGGAAUUGAUUAAUGUCAAUACACAUUCGCCCAAACCAAAAUUUAAAGAUAAGGAGUUUAUUCCUGCUUCAGAAAUUGUAUCUAAGGCUUUGUAUGAAAAAUACAAAAAAACUACAAAAGACUGUAUUAUUAAUUUAAUCAAAAACCUUGCAGGAGAUGCUGCUGCUCCGUUGUCUGGAAAAUUAUUCGAAAUGAUGGCUCACGACUUAUUGCGAAAAGGUGGAACAUUUAAAGUGCGAAACUUAAGCACUGGUAACUGCGAAAUACUACAACUCCAAGAGCUGAAACAAAAUGUUUUCCAUAAUAUUGAUGAAAUAGUUUCGAUGGAAUAUUAA